CAUUUCUACACUUAUCGUCUGCUAGUCGACUGUAAACUAGUAACAAACUUUUAUCCUUGACAAUGUUACGUAUUCUACGUCAAAUACCUAAAGUAACUAAAGUAAAUGGAUUGUUGUUCCAUACAAGUUCCAAUUGCUCUAAACCUCUGGUGCCAUUUGUUAUCGAACAAACUGGACGAGGAGAAAGAUCUUACGAUAUCUACUCCCGCUUGUUAAAAGAUAGAAUAAUUUGCUUAAUGGGACCAAUAGACGAUUCACUAUCAAGCGUGGUUGUGGCACAAUUGCUCUUUUUGCAAGCCGAAAGUAAUAAGAAGCCGAUACAUAUGUACAUAAAUAGUCCAGGAGGUUCAGUCACAGCUGGUUUGGCAAUUUACGAUACUAUGCAGUACGUCUUACCUCCAGUUUCUACUUGGUGUGUUGGACAAGCUUGCAGUAUGGGAUCUCUACUUUUAACUGCCGGCGAAAAAGGUUGUAUGAGAUACUGUCUACCCAAUUCAAGAGUAAUGGUUCACCAACCAUCCGGUGCUGCUCAGGGUCAGGCCACCGAUAUUCAAAUUCAAGCAGAAGAAAUUAUCAAAAUGAAGAGACAGAUAAAUAACAUAUACGUAAAACAUACGGGAAAAGAGUUAGACAAAAUUGAAGAUGUUAUGGAAAGAGAUAGGUAUUAUUCACCCACGGAAGCUGUGGAAUUUGGAUUAGUUGAUAUUGUUCUAGAGCACCCUCCCUCAUCUUGCGAUUAG